AAAAAGGAUUAUGGAAUGAAAAUUUGAUUGGAUUUUGUAAAAAUGAAAUAUCUGAAGAAAAUUGCUAUAUGAGACAUAUUUUAGAACAACAAGAGGAUUUUUGUAAUCAAUCUUGUUUAAUUCGUAAAACAAUUGAAAAUUUAGGUCAUAAA